ACUGAAACCCUGGGCUUUAUUUCUGGUCAGGUUAAACAAGUAUGUAAAUAAAAAGAGUCACGAGCUGUAUUGUAAACGAGAGUCAGGUGAUGCUGAGUCUCAAAAUGAAACCUGGAAAUUUCGUUGCUAACAAUAGACGAGGUAGACCGAAUAAAAAAGAACCGCGACUAAUCGAAGAAAGGAGAUCUCGAAAAUGUUGAGCGUGUGCACGUAUGUCAUUUUUGUUGCCUUUUUGGCGGUUCCGUGGGCAAUUGGACAUGUGGUUGCCGUGGAAAAGACCUCCGCAGUUAUCACGAAUAAAGUGCAGGGGUUUGAAUACGGCGAUCCGCAGAAUUGCCCGCAGCAGACGAUGGAUAUGCUAGAAGUCAUUCCCCUUAACGGGUGGGACAAUCUCCGUAACGUCGACAUGGGCCCUGUCAUGGCGCUCAAUUAUUCGAAGUGUCGAAUAACUCAGGACAGAAAAUUCAUGAUUCCAGACGACACGUACGCCGUUCCACUAAAGAAAAGCAACGUCGAAACGUACUCUGAACUUUAUUCUCACUUUUUAAACUACACCAGUGUCACGUCGAGCUCGAUAAAUCUUGAGGCGCAUGCAUCUUGGUCCUUUGGGUCUAUCAGCGGCUCUUUCUCAAGGUCUUACCAAAAUUCAAAGAUGCACAUCACGGGAGAUAAAUCCGUUCUUAGCAGGGUGCAGCUACGCUACGUCUUAUACAAGAUCCGUAGUCAGCCAGACCCCCAACUCCAUCCAACCUUCAAAAAUCGUCUGCUAGAAAUCGCGUCCUUUAUACAAGAAAGGGACAAUGACACUGUCACAUAUCUAUCGGAGCUUCUUGUUCGCGAUUACGGUACUCAUUUUGUUACCGGCAUCAACGCCGGAGCAGCAAUCAUUCAAGAAGACCACUUAAAUUCAUCGUACGUUAAAAACAUGGACAAUGACCGGUCUACUAUCAAGGCUUCAGCUGGCGCUUCUUUAUUUGGGUUCAUCGGCGCCAGCGGGUCUUAUACCCAUACUGUAGAACACGACAAACUAGAAAGAUAUCUCCAGAGUCGCGUGACUUCUCACACAGAGACAGUGGGAGGACCACCGUUUCGCAGCAAUUUCACGCUGGACCAGUGGGUGGAUGAUUUACAAAACAACCUUGUAGCCGUGGACCGCGAAGGUGAUCCGCUCUACUACAUCAUCACGACAGGUACGUUACCAGAGUUACCGCUGGAUACAGUGCGUGAUUUAGCCGACAGCGUUCAGAAAGCGGUGGAGAGUUACUACUUGUAUAAUGUCUAUCGCGGCUGCACUAGUGUCGACUCUCCUAAUUUUAGUUACAUUGCUAACUUUGAUGAUAAUACCUGUGUAAAUCCUUUCACAAAUUUCACGUUCGGGGGUGUUUACCAGACAUGUUCUGGAGGACUGUGUUCUCCUGGGGAUUCCCUGGUAAAUCAUAAAACUGGAACGUAUUCCUGCCCUCCCCAAUACACUGCGGUCCUUUUAAAUGAAGGCAAACUGCGCCAAUGUCACCGGGAAUGUAACCAUUUUUUGUUUAUCACCUACGGCUGCCAUGACGUGUGUAAUGACAGAAAUUACCAGAUUUACUGGUGUGCUGCAACGGGAGAGGUACCACAAGAGUCGGGCUUUUUAUUUGGUGGUACUUACACUGCCAAUGCGGACAACCCACUGACACAGGGGAAGAGUUGUCCGGUUCAUUUCACAGCGCUUAAACUGGGUGUACCGCUGCCUAUUUACAUAUGUGUCAGUGAUGAUUACGAACUGGGAUUUCGUUAUGCCAUACCUUUCGCCGGUUUCUUUAGCUGUUCCUCGGGUAAUCCGCUCGCUAUUUCGCCACACAUGCCUAACCUCCACAAGCGCUCUGUUGAAGGGGCUCCGUUGGGUUUAGCUGCUGUCCUGAUGGAUGCUGGUGCGCCUUUUUGGCCCAAAAAAUGCCCUCACGGUUACAGUCAACACCUUCUUGCAAUAAACGAAGGAUGUGAGAUUAACUACUGUGUGAAAGCCCACGCCCUCACGCCAAAUGCUCUUCCCAUUAUCAGACGGCCUCCGUUCCAAUUAAAGCCCAAACUUCUGCGCAAUGGCACUCGCCUACUAAUGACUGCUUCUGGGCGCGUUUUAAUGAAAGGUGGCGGAUUCUCUACAUGGCACGCGACAAAAUGGGACGAAACAAACAUGUUUGAGGUCCAAGCAGCAGUGGAAGCCCCUAGAACAAUGCAACCGAGCGGAUCUGCCAGCCGUUCCAAUGAGACUGGACUCACUGUCGCCGUUUCCAUACUAGGCACGGCUCUGUGUGGAGUAAUUGUAGGACUGAUAGUGUUUGGGGUAGUAAGGCGUCGCCGCCUGUCCCCAGCGUCUUCAGAUGAGCAUACCGCGAUAGCUAAUUACGGUGGCUUGGGGGAACACACAUCUGGAGUGUGAUUGUUAUAUUUCCGUUUUCAAAAUUUAUUUUCGGAGACCAAUGCCUUAGAGCGUCUUAGUGAAAAAAAAAACGAAAUUGAAAAAAAAACGUUAAAUCAAUCAGUAUAGAGUAAAUAGGUAAUGCGAAAUGCACCUUUGUUUUCAUCAGAAUACAUAUGACGACGCAAUUUGCCAACUGUCAAAGGGAUUGUGUGCUUUACAAUACCUUAUUUAGUAUUCAUUUAUAUAUUUUAUUAUAGUGCAUGUAAUAUGAUUUACAAGACAUAUGAACCCUGGCGAUUAGCACUAAAGCAAGGUCCGAGUGCUUUCCAUGUUGACAGGAUACAGAAUUACGAUAGUCAGAUAGUCAAGCAUUUGUAAAUUCUAGGCUUUGAUAAUUGUUCCAACUCUAAAGCACCGAAAGCGUAUAAUGAGCUAAGAAGUUUAGUUUGUCUUUAUUGAUUUUUUUUUUUUUUUUUUUUUUUUUUUUGAAAAUAAUUUGUCAAUUUUUGUCAAUUGUGUUGAAAUGUAUAUCAUGGGACAUUGUUAUUAUUAGAUAUGCGAUUGAACGGGGAGGGGAGGGGCGUGCAUGGGUGUGAACGUUUUAUUAUACAUCUAAAAAUUACGAAUGUUGAACUUCAUGUAUUUCCCUUAAGCAAGGAGUUAUAACUCCUUGCCUAAAGUAAAAUCCUACUUUGAUUUUUCAUUAUACCUAAAAUCAAACUAAUGAUAGUCACUUUUCAGGCCGUUCACGGAUAUUGUCAAUAUAUAAUGCGACAUAAGCAUAUAUACUUCGGUUUGGUAUAUUCAAACCAAGAAGUUCUGCUAACAGGAAAGUGUCUUCAUAAAUGUAGCGUACUGCGUUAAAUCACAAGGUCUCGUUACCCUCGUGGCCAUGACUCAGUGUUUAAAUUGGUAUUUCUAUGACAUGCAGUAGGGCCUACAUGUAUACCACCCACGAUUUCGCUUCUUCCGUGUUUUCGCUUAGUAGUCAUACGUUUAGUGUUGUGUGAAAUAAAAAGUAAACAUUAAGUGAUAAAUUAUGUUAUCCGUUGUUACAUUGGAGAUGGACAUUUGAUUGCUGCCGAAGGUCGUCAAAUAUUUGACUUUGGGCCACGGUGAACAUUGUUUUCCACUCUCCCGGCAAACCUGGGGAAAUAACGAACAUAUAAACAUAUUUUAGACACUGA